AUUGUGUGGCUACUCUGCAUCGAUUGGACGUCCUGCAACCGUGUGCCGUGGUACUCUGCCGCAAUUGCUUGCGGUGCGCUCUACAUGACCGCAUUGACGUAUCACGCCUGCUAGGACGCAUUCGGCAGCCAUGCAGACCACACCUGCAGCAGCCCAGCGCCCUCCGACGGCAACAUGCCAGCGCCCCCGCCUGGCUCGGCAGCCCCUACACGCUGUCCCCGUGUGCAGCCCGGCCAGCCAGCAGGGCAGGCAGCAUGCCACGCAACCGCGCCGCCAACUAGCGCAGCAGGCUAGCGGCGGCAGCUGGCGGCAGCGGCAGCGAGCGGUUUCUGCUCGCGCGGCGCCCCGCGACUUUGACAAGGGCCGGUUUGAUGCCGCCAAUAAGGACUAUGCCUCGCUGACGCAGCAGAUUGAGGACACUGCAGCUGAGGUGGUAGAGGGCCUGCAGGGCACCAGCCUGUUCCUGGUCGGCAUGAUGGGCAGCGGCAAGUCCACCGUGGGCAAGCUGAUCAGCCAGGCCCUGGGCUACUGCUUCUUCGACACAGACACGCUGAUUGAGCAGCUGAGCCAGAAGAAGGUGUCUGAGAUCUUUGCCGAGGAUGGGGAGGAGUCGUUCCGGGAGCUGGAGACGCAAGUGCUGGCGGAGCUCUCCCCCUUCAAGAACUGCGUGGUGGCCACCGGCGGCGGCGUGCCCACCAAGGCCGAGAACUGGGGCCACAUGCAGGGCGGCGUCAGCGUGUGGCUCAACGGCCCCCCCACCCUGCUGGCCCACCGCGUGGUGGGCGACGGCACCGAGUCGCGGCCGCUGCUGUCGCAGGUGCGGCCCCUGGCCCCAGGGCUGGGGCGGCAUGUGGCGAUGGGUGGCGGCUGGAUCCCUGCAGCGCCUGCGCACCUCUCAGCAUGCAUGAAGGGGUGGUGGUGA